CGCAGCACGCAGGUGCGUCUCACGUCUCGCGGCGGCGCUUUCAAAUUGUUUGUUUUAGCAUAAACAGUCAGCUGGCUUCAUCACGGUACAUUUAUUACCGUCGCCACAGUUUAGACCGCUUUCCUAAUGUAUGAACCUGAACAGUGAUGAACAAAACGAGGCACAAUGGAAGAGGAGGGACUGAACUUCAAAGCUCUGAGGGCCAAGUUUCAGGAGUCUCAAUCCAAAAUCAGUCGACCAGCUGUUGCAGAGAAACCCAAACACUUCCCUCCUUCUGGAGGUCACUGCAGCUCUGUGGUCAGCAGUAUUAAUAUUGCUGUAGAAAACAAGACACCAGUGGUUCCCCGGGUCAUCUUCAGAGAAGGGCUGCGGGCAUCCGGAGGCAAGCGGCCAAUUUCCUUUCCACCACAACCACAGGAGACCUCCCCCUCAUCUCAGCUGGCUAAUGGAGAUGGCACAGCAAGACAGUCCCUCAAAGACAGACACAUGCCUCUGGUGCUUCCUGUCCUGCCUGUAAAAGAGCAAAAGGCAGAACCGCCGGCCAAAAAGGAGCACAAACUGGAAGCAGAGGCGGGGAAAGAAGUACCGCCACAAACUAAAAUCAAGAAGAAAGGUUUGCUGCUUCCUUUCAAGACAGCCAAAGCAUCAAAGGUCAGUGCAGAAAGUGGAGAGGAGCCUACGUAUGCUGAUUUGACCACCAGACCUUCCAGUGCUCCGGCUGAGUUGCCCUCUUUGGAAAAACAAACCACAGAAGAUGGGGUUUCACUCCAAAGUGACCAAUCCACCGCUGAGUUCCCCCUCUCCAGCCCAGACAUCCCAAUCACCCCUACCUCUGCAGAGACAAGUGUUGACUCCGACAACAAAAUGUUUAGCACCUUGGAGAGGGCCAAGAAGAAGUUUUCACGCAAGCAGAUGUUGAUCUCUGGCAAACCUAAGAGCUCUCGUUCCCCUGACUAUGUCUCAAGAGACAAGUUUUUCCCUUUCCCGCCAAAGAAAGUUGUUGAACCCGAGCAACCCAUACCAACACCAGUCUGUCUUCCACACCUGGCUUGUCUAUCAGCCCGGCCUUUCUCCAGGGCCAACUUCUCUGCACGCAGGACUGCGUUGGAUAAGCAGUUUGGGAGGGAUAAAGCUGUUCCCUCUGUUAGGACCAGUGAACCUCCUCCACCCUCUGCUCCACAAAAGAAGCCUCUACCCGAAUUGAGGUUUCUGGGGCCGUUGCCACCGAAGCCCCUGAGACCGCCGAUGGUAGAUCUGAGCUGUUACCACCGACCCUCAGUUAACGAGGUGUCACCAGAUCUUAACCAAGCACCAAGUGAGGAGCCAGAGGCUGAGCAUCCAUCCAUCCCCAACCCUGUACUGGACGCUCCGGAGUUUCCAGACUUUGAGAUUUCCGAGAUGGAAACAGCAGAGAGUGAUGCUGUUUACAUUGGUGCGCUCGAACUGGAGUCUCUAGACUUUUUCUGCACGAACCCUCCUGUACCAGAAGUCUGUGGGGUCACUGAUUUUGAGGAUCCAAAACCUGCCUUAUGUGAUCCUGUAGAGCCCCUUAUGAGCGCAGGCGUCCAUGACCUGAACCUCGGCAUGGAAAACAUAAUACCCUUCGAUCCAGCCGACUUCCCUGAACAAAUAAACUUUUCAGAGUUCCCCGAGCCUGCUGGAUCAGAGCAGUGGUCUCAGAGCGAGGAGGUUCUCAUAGAUCCUCUCUCUAGCACUCACACCGAUGAGACCGACCUGGGAGAUGCCGAGUCUCACUCUGCUGCACAGGAACCAGACAAUACCCACGCAUCAUCCAAUGAUGGCAUUCAACCACAUCCCAACGUUUCACAGCAGGACAGUUACUAUGAAGCGUGUGCUAAUGUGUACGAGGAUGUCGAGAACAUCAACAGAUUCAUCUUGGGCCAGAACUCACAUAUUUGCUGUCCUGGUUUAACUUCCUUGUUAAAUAUUUUUACAGAUCCAUAUGCUGACAGCCACCCUAUGAAAGAGGAGGCGACUCUUAACAUAUGGCCAAGGAAUCCAUGGGGCAGUGUAUCAGGAGAACAUGCUCAUUCGGCCCAUAAUCACGUCCACAGUAAAGGAUGCCAGAGCCCCAACACUGCUGAGCAUAAAGAGCAGAAGAAGAGGGAAAAGCAGCGGCUGGAGAAGGAGAAAAAGGAGCAAAAAGAAAGGGAGAAGAAGGAAAAUGAAAUGAAAAAGAAGUUUAAAGUGACCGGCGAAGAGGAGCCCAUGUACCACGCCAAGGUGACGGUGGCGAGCAAGGUCCGCAAAAAUGACCUGCCGGUGAAGAGCGGGGACACGGUCAGCAUCAUUCGUACCACCAACUGCCCCAAAGGCAAAUGGCUGGCCCGAGACGCCAACCACAAGUACGGUUAUAUUUCAGUCAUGAAUGUAGAACUGAAUAUCAAAGAGAUGCUGGAACUUGGCAAGAAGGCCCAAGCAGCUGGACGAGGAGGAAACCUGGAGUUAGACACCAUCAGCAUUGGAAGCAGAUCCUCAAGCCACCCUGUACUAUCAAGCAGUUUCACAGACGACAGCGAGGAGUGGGCAUGUGAGGAUGAGACCCUCUCACCCUCCAAUGAAAGCCACAGCUUUCCCCGUCAGGCUGUCUCGCUGCCCGAGAUGUCAUGUGGCCAUGUUGGCGCCCAGCACACUCUGAGCGAUGCCAACCUGGAGGACCUACACACACAUUCUUCAACCUUCAGGACCAGACAUGAGGCCCUGCAGAAACUUGCCAUCUUCUUUCAACACAGCAAAGAUGAAUUUUGUGACAUUUCUGAUGGCGGCGGAGUGACCCCUACAAAUGCUGAGUCAUCAAACUUCUUGUGUGCUGUGGAGGAGCCUCCAUAUCCUGAACAGGAGGUUGACUUCACAGAGCUGGAGCUCCUUCCUCCCCCCUCGCUCUAUGCUGACGCCUUCUGAUUACCACAUCUGCCCAAGCAAGUAAUGUCAUGGAGAAAAGAAACUAUCAUGAAUGGAGCUGCUGAUGUAACGACUAUAAUUCCGAUCUCACCCUUUUUUUUCUCCACUUUGUUGUGCUUGUUUUUCACAUUUCGUUCUACACUUUCACUUUCUCUGUUACUGUUAAAGAAGCACAAAUUGAAUCAUUGCAGACUGUCCACUUGUAACUUUAUGUUUAAGGAUUUGUUUGUGAAUGUGUUCUUUACAUUUUGUUUGUUACAUCUAAUAAAUAUUUGUUAUUGAUUUA